UUCUCAGAUUUCCCGAUUUCUCCCAGCCGAGUCCGCUGUGCUGCUUCCACAUCACGGCCGACAGCAAACCGAGACGACGACGACAACGACGACGACAUGCGCCCAGCGUGCUUCAAUCCCGCAUCCAACCAAACCGGUCCGUGUUGUCCCAUAUCCAUCUAGACUCGAGACAAGGUCAGGAGAUUCAAUUCCGAGGGAAUGGUGCUGCUGAGAUGACCUGUGUGACCUCGCUUUCCUCAAGAGAUCAUUCUCCAAUCAAAAGAGUGGAGCGAAAUCCAGUUGGUACAUGGUUGGCAGGUUCACAUGAUGGACAGGUGAUGGAGUCUUCCAUCAUCUUUCUCCACCAGUGACUUUGUGCCUGCCAGCCCUCCCUCUGAAGCAUCAGUGUGUACCAGUGGUCCAAGGCCCCCUAUUUCUCUGCCAUGGUGACAUAAGCAGCGCUGCAAUAUGAGGGAGAGCCAACGUGAGACCGUCUCAUUUCUUUCUCCAGUAGCUGCUGCAGCUGCUACUUUGACACCAUUUGUAUUUAGCUUCUUAACAAGACUGACUUUGUUGUGAACAAUCCCUGCUCGCUGUUUUCUACCCACACCGAGAGAGACUGCCCCCAAGGCGUGUUGCUGGGCCGGUGGGGCGGAGCGGUGUGGCGUGAGACGAUGCUGGGAUGCGUGACACGCCUCCGUCGGCUGGUCCGUCUCCUCCCCCUGCAGACCUCCCUCCUCCUCCUCUUCCUCUUCUGCACCGUCAGCGUCUUCAUCUCUGCCUACUUCCUCUAUGGCGUCAAGCGGGAGCUGGAGCCAUCGGGAGGGGGCGUGUCCGGAGCCGAGGGCGCGUCCGCCGACUCCGAUGACCCGAGGGUCACUCCGUCCCGGUUGCUACCUCUGCGGAGCGUCUCAGGGGGCCCUGGGGUGGAUCCCAAUGGGGCCAGGACAGAUCCUGUGGUUCUGGUGUUUGUGGAAAGCCAGUAUUCUCAACUGGGUCAGGAGAUUGUGGCCAUUUUGGAGUCCGGUCGGUUCAGGUACCAGACUGAGAUCUCUCCUGGUAAAGGGGACAUGCCCACACUGACAGACAAAGAGCGAGGGCGUUUCACACUGGUGAUUUAUGAGAACAUUCUCAAGUAUGUUAACUUGGACGCCUGGAACCGAGAGCUGCUGGACAAAUACUGUGUGGAAUAUGGAGUGGGCAUCAUUGGCUUCUUCAAGGCCAAUGAAAACAGUCUGCUCAGUGCACAGCUGAAAGGCUUCCCCCUUUUUCUUCACUCUAACUUGGGUCUGAAGGACUGCACAGUCAACCCCAAGUCCCCCCUGCUCUUUAUCACUCGAUCUGGGCAGCCGCUGCCAGGUCCUCUCCCUGGGGAUGAUUGGACCGUUUUCCAGUCCAACCACUCUACAUACGAGCCCGUGUUGCUGGCCAAGACCCAGUCAGCAGAGAGCGUUGCAUCGAUGGGGCAGAACGCUGCUCUGCUCCCGUCUGUGGUGCAGGACUUGGGGCUCCACGAUGGCAUCCAGAGGGUCCUGUUCGGAAACAACUUGGUCUUCUGGCUGCACAAGCUGGUGUUUGUGGACGCUGUGGCCUUUCUGACCGGGAAGAGGCUCUCGUUGUCCCUGGAGCGAUACAUCCUGGUGGACAUAGAUGACAUCUUUGUGGGCAAAGAGGGCACACGCAUGAAGGUGCCUGAUGUAAAGGCCCUGCUGGAGACACAGAGGGAGCUGCGCACUCAUGUGCCCAACUUCACCUUCAAUCUAGGCUUCUCAGGGAAAUUCUUUCACGCUGGCUCUGAUGAGGAGGACCUGGGAGACGACCUGCUGCUUUCCUAUGUGAAGGAGUUCUGGUGGUUCCCUCACAUGUGGAGCCACAUGCAGCCGCAUUUAUUCCACAAUCAGUCCGUGCUGGCCGAGCAGAUGUUGCUCAACAAGAAAUUUGCUAUGGAGCAUGGGAUCCCCACUAACAUGGGCUACGCGGUGGCGCCUCACCACUCAGGCGUCUACCCCGUCCACAUGCAGCUGUACGACGCCUGGAAGAAGGUGUGGGGCAUCAAGGUGACCAGCACAGAGGAGUACCCACACCUGAAGCCUGCUCGCUUCCGGCGAGGUUUCAUCCACAGUGGCAUUAGCGUGCUGCCCAGGCAGACAUGCGGCCUUUUCACACACACUAUCUUCUAUAAAGACUACCCUGGCAGUCCCAAUGAACUGGACAAACUCAUCAAUGGAGGAGAACUCUUCCUCACUGUUCUGCUGAACCCUAUUAGUAUCUUCAUGACCCACCUGUCCAACUAUGGGAACGAUCGCCUCGGCCUCUACACCUUUAAAAGCCUGGUGAUGUUCGUCCAGACUUGGACCAAUUUAAAGAUGCAGACCCUGCCGCCUAUUCAGCUGGCUCAGAAGUACUUCAGCCUGUUCCCCUCUGAGAGAGAUCCCCUCUGGCAGGAUCCCUGUGAGGACAAAAGGCACAAGGACAUCUGGUCCAAAGAGAAAACAUGUGACCGCUUCCCCAAACUGCUUGUCAUUGGGCCUCAAAAGACAGGGACAACAGCACUCUACCUGUUUCUUGGCAUGCACCCUGACCUGACCAGUAACUACCCCAGCAAGGAGACCUUUGAGGAGAUCCAGUUCUUCAAUGGACACAACUACCACAGGGGCAUCGACUGGUAUAUGGAGUACUUCCCUCUGCCCUCCAACACCAGUUCAGACUACUACUUUGAGAAGAGUGCCAACUACUUUGAUUCGGAGGUGGCUGCUCAGAGGGCUGCAGCUCUCCUGCCCAAAGCCAAGAUCAUCACCAUCCUCAUCAAUCCAGCAGACAGAGCUUACUCCUGGUACCAGCACCAAAGAGCCCACGACGAUCCGGUGGCGUUGAAAUACUCCUUCCAUGACGUCAUCACCGCAAGCCACGACGCUCCAGUCAAACUACGGGUCCUCCAGAAUCGCUGUCUGGUGCCAGGCUGGUACGCCAUCCACCUGGAGCGCUGGCUCAACUACUACCACUCCAGCCAGUUGUUAGUCUUAGAUGGACAGAUGCUGAAGACCGAGCCCGCCUCAGUCAUGGACAAAAUCCAGAAGUUUUUAGGCCUCGCCAAUAUAAUCAACUACCACAAGAUCCUGGCGUUUGACCCUAAGAAAGGUUUCUGGUGUCAGCUUCUGGAGGGAGGGAAGACGAAGUGUUUGGGAAAAAGCAAAGGGCGGAGGUACCCUGACAUGGACGCUGAGUCCCAGGGAUUCCUCAGGGAAUACUAUAGGGAUCACAACAUCGAGCUGUCAAAGCUCCUCUACAGGAUGGGUCAGCCGCUGCCCAGCUGGCUCAGAGAAGAGCUGGUCCACACCAGGUAGCAGCACCACAGGGGGGAGACCACACAGCUCUACACACUCAACCACUGCUCGACCCUGCUGGGGGGACAACAGGCCAAGUGGCCUGAAAUGUUUAAGAUCCCAAAUAGUUUUGGAAAGAAACUGAAAUACAUCGAGAUUUAAGGAUGGGAUGCUUAACUAGAACUCAACACUUUACUGUGAUCUUCCCAAAUGAAUAGGGUAACAGUGGAUGGUGAGCCAGAAGAGAGCGUAGUUGCUUUCACAGCAGCUGAUAGCUCUCUCCCCCUCUCUCCCUAAGCACUAAGAGGCCAUUGCUUUGAUGAUGGCCUCCACUGUGUCCUGAAGGAGGAGGAGGAGGAGGAGGGAAGGCUCGGUGAUGCACGAGGAAGGGGACCUUCGGUGUUUGAUAAUCACAACCCUGCUCUUCUUAAUCAGACCUUCUCUUCUUCGCAUGAACUUCAUCCUGAAAAUCAAAGACAGGAACAAAAAAACAAAAAAAAAGUCUGAAGCUUGAGCAGUCGUCACACUUUCAGCUCUGGAAAACGAGCAACAAAAGACAAACGCAGCAUCACCUGUGUCUCCAGCUAUGAGUAGCGGUGUUCGGAGCACAUUAAAACAGGCAACAUAACAUUGAAUAAAUGGAUGACAGCCUGACUAGAGAGAGAGACAUUGGUUGCAAAUGCCUUUGAUAUAUAUGUUUUUAUGAGAGGAGAAUGGGACAUCUGGCGUCUUGACUCAGGCUGCAUGUUGUAGCCUUACUUGAUAGGCCUUGGUAGAAUCUAGUUAUCACAUUUAAAGUGCCAGGACAGGAUCUAUAUUAAACUAUUACCACACAGAUUUUCGAGGGUUCUUUUCUUCUUUUUUCUCUUUUUUUUUUUUUGUUUUGUUUUGUUUUAGAAAUUUUAUGUUUUGUUUCCUUUACUCAGAUUUUGUUUUAAUGUUUCUGUAAUGCUGAUGGUAAUGCAUUAUUGUAGAAUGUACCAAAACUUAACAUCUUAGCUCGGUUUUCUUAUAUAGGCCAGAUGUACAGUACAGUUAGUUACACUGUUCCGCUCAGCCUCCUCUUUAGUCAGCUCCAUGACCAUUGAAUUGGCUAAAGCAGGAACUGUAGGAUAAGAUGUUGAAAGCACAAUAUUUAAGGCACUCGAGUGAACAUCGAUUCUGAGCAUACAGGUUACUGGAAAGCACACUAACAUAACGGUUCCUACUACAAUCUGUGAAGAAGAUCAUAAGCUAGCUACUGUAUGUUGAAUUAAGCACUCUGGUUCAAGAGAUUCAGAUAGUGUACAGAACAAGAUUGUGGAUUUCAAAAAAAAAAGAAAAAAAUCCGUUUUCAGCAUUGGGUUUUUGUCGAAACUGUAUAUUUUGUUUCAUUUCAUUUACUAGAUGAGUUUAAGUUUGGGGAGGGGAAAAAAAAAAACUGUCUCUGGGAAAAACGUGUAAAGUUGCCAGGCAAACCAACAGUAUGCCCAUACAGACGUUUGGUUGUCGGUCAAGGUGUUACCACUGCAACUAGAUGUCAAGCAUAGAUAACAAAAAGCUGCUCUUACUGCAAUAGUUUUGUACAAUGUUCUGAUGUGAUAACAAUGCACAUGUUGGUCCUCUAUUUCCUGACUUUGUAAUGUACAUAAUACGCGACCCUCGGUAGACCUAAAUUAUUGAAUGUGUUUGGGUUUACACUCUCCAUCAGCCCAUUCCUAUAGUGUGAAAUGUCAGUGCUGUACUGAGGGGAGUUUGAAUAAUUUCAUUGUGCGGAGAUGUGUCGCUAAGAUUGUUUCCUCUCAUGUCCUCUCACUGCCAACUAUUGUACAGAGGUACUGAGUCUCUCCAUAUAAAGUAUUAAGUGAUAACACAUAACAGCAACGAUGGUACUAAUCUCCUGGACUGUAUGAUAAAGAUUUGUAAUUGUUGUCAAUAAUUUUUACAGUGUAACUAAUAUUGUCGGUGCUUUUUAAUUUGCAAAUAAAACACCACUGUAUUUUUCAA